UUUUUUAGGGACCUUGAAGUCCAGUUCUCAGUCUCCGAAGUACCGGUCCUUGUGGUCCUCAAACCCUCUGGACAGGUGAUCUCCCCUAACGCAGUGGAUGAAGUUGAACGCCUGGGUCCUCCCUGCUUCCAGAACUGGCAGGAAGUGUCUGAGAUCGUCAACAGGGACUUCUUACCAGCAGAAUUCUCUGAUUCAACCGCCUCCAAGAGUAUCAGCGACCCGAUCCGCAGGAUAAAAUACAAACUGGAGAGUCCAGAGAAGAAGAAGGAGAGGGCUGGAGGGGACGAUGAUGAUGAUGAUGGUGGUGGUGGAGGAGACUUCUUCUGA